AUGAGCGUCGAACGAUCAGCACCGCAGGUCAUCGAGAUCUCGAGCUCCAGCAGCGUCGCCGCAUCGCCCGUCUACCAUGCCAACGGCCAUUCACACGACGACGGCGAUGAGCCCAUGGAGCCCCGCCGAGUCUCGGCCGCCUCUCGAGUCUCGCUGGCCAACCUCCUCGGACCUACCGGGCCCUCGACCUCACCCUACGGCAGCCCAUCCGGCGGCUCGCCCAGAAAGAGGUUCAGCGACGUCGGAUCCUCGGACUCCCGGGCCCGCUCGCCGCCAUACCAGGCAGCCUCACCUUCGAUCUCCCGCGCCGCACCCGCGCCGACCUCGGGCAUGUCGGUCGAAGCACAGGAGCGAGGCGAGCAGCCGGCGAUACCGACGCGGAGCACCUACCCAGACGUGCUCGGCGACUCCAGCAGAGAUCCGGACCGCCGACUGAGCCACGGCAGCCCCAGCGGCUCGGCGGCUCUCCAAGAUCAAACGAGCCCACCGGGCGCCAGCAGACCGUCCGCAGACACCACCGCGCCCAACGGAGACGCCGCUGGCGAGCCAGGAGCAUCGGCACCAGCAACAGCGCGCGCGGAAGACCGCCAGGAUGACGACGACGACGACGACGACGACGACGAUGGAUCGUCCGACGGCGGAAGCGCUUCAGGGGCAGAGGCUGGCGACAACUCGCGCAACAAGGACGCAGUCAAGGUCAAGAGGCGAGCACGGCGAAAGACGCCAUCGCUGCCGGAGCCCAUCGCCCCUCUUGGACCGCCACCGAGGCCCACCAUCCGCAUCUCGCUGGCCGAGGCCAAGAAGGACGGCUACCUGGUCAACGUGCCCAACCUGGUCUACGCCCAGCUCAGGACGGAGCGCCACCCGUGGGCGACGUGGUUCGAGUCGCAGAUGGAGGUCGUCGACGACGCCGCACCGGGCCCCGCCCUUCCGCCGGGCCUGGACGACGUCGGGGGCGGCCUGGCCAAGUUGCUGGCAAAGUACCCGGCCGAGUCUGGAGCCCGGGGCGGUGGAGCUGCUGGCGACGCCGGCAAGAAGCGCCGGAGGGGUGGCAAGCUGGCCGAGGAUGACGCCUACGAUACCAAGGACCCGUUUGUCGACGACUCGGAGCUGGGCGUCGACGAGCCCACCCACUUUGCCAAGCCCAAGGCCGACGGGUUCUACGUCACGCAGGGCCCCGUCGAGCUGGCCAAGAUCAAGCCGAGCAAGCAGGGCCGCGGAUCGGGCCUGGGCGCCGGCGGCAGGGAACGCGUCAAGCCCCUCAGCAUCCGCGACUCCAAGUCGGGCUUUGCCGGUUCGAUCAACAAGCUCAUCGCCAAGCGCGGUCAGAUCACUACGGCCGGCCCGAUUGCGCCGAUACCCGCGACGGCGGCCGCCCCUAGCGGAGGCGAGGGGUCCUCGGCCGGGAUGCAGGUCAACUCGCUGCUCAACGGCAGCAACGGCGCCGCCAGCGGCAGUGGCAGCGCGGUGUCCGCCGGGUCGCCGCCGCACGGGACGCCGCCCGCGGUGAGCCGGCAGUCGGCCGAAGGCAGCCGCGAGUCGCCGAUCAAGGUCGACGAGAUCGACGACAACGCGGCGCGGGCCAAGAAGGCGCGCUACCCGACGCGGCCGGUGGAUCCGCGGCUGCAGGCGGCGUUUGAGAACCUGCGCCGGCUGGUGGCCAGCGAGAGCUUUGCGGUCAAGACCAAGUUCCCGCCGGCGCUCAAGCCGCCGCUGGUCGAGACGGCCAAGCUGGCGGUGGAGCUGGGCGAGUACAACGACAACUUCUUCAACUACCUGCCCACCAUUUUCCCGUACAACCGCUUCACGAUGAUGAAGCUGACCAAGCGCGAGUUUUUCCCGCACCACAUCAAGUACUUCAAGGAGCUCCAGGACGAGCACAUGGAGACGCUCGGCGGCGCCAUGGACGUCGACGGUGCCGGCCCGCCUGCCGAAGAGGAACUCCAAGAGCCGCAGAAGCGCUGGAAGUGGACCGAAGAGAUGCGCGAGGAGGUCUUCACCCUCAUCAACAUCGAGAACGCCAUGAGCGAGGUCAGAAACGAGAAGCUCAAGCUCGAGAAUGCCGCCGAGCAGUUUAGCGAGAUCAAUGCGCGCAAGUCGUGCUACAAGGCCAUGGCCGAGCUCUUCCCCGAGGACGGCUGGACGACGUCGACCAACAUCUCGCGCGAGUACGCGCAGCUCAAGAAGAAAAAGGACCGGCAGGAAGCGAGGCUGGGCGCCGUCGACAUGGACGAUAGCCGCGCCAGCAGCCUGAUGCCGUAG